UUUUGCUUAUCAGCUAGAAUUUUUAUUAUUGACGUAUGGUAGUUUAGUUCAUUUUUUUCGAAAAAAUAAUCCAUUCGCAAUGAUUAUUUAACUUGUGAACUCAUUAAAUAGAGCUCGGUUUUUAAAGUGAUGACAUGAAUUGUACUUAGCUUUUACUGGCGGGAACAUCGGAGCGUACAGCUUUCUUAGGACUGUCAAAAUUAACCACCAUCAUUGCAUCACAAAUCUGAAUGUACGCGCUUUCUACACCAAAUACUAUUGUCAGAAUCAACUUCUUCACAGCCGCUGUCAAUUCUUUUGGUCUCCAUCGAACUAAGAGCUAACAUCAUGAAUCGCAUUUCAGUUGCAAGUGGAGCUGCUACCGGUUCUGGUAGUUCCGUAGAUGCAACUCCAUACAUACGUACCAUCGAAUGGGACAUGAUGAAUAAAACGAAAUUUUUUCCACUUUCCAUGCUGAGUUCGUUUUCUGUGCGAUGUUGCCUAUUUCCAUUGACCGUAAUAAAAACACAAUUACAAGUGCAAUAUAAAAGCGAUGUGUAUAAAGGCAUGAUUGAUUGUGCAAUAAAAAUAUAUCGAUCAGAAGGGGUUCCCGGUCUAUAUCGUGGUUUUUGGAUAUCAUCAGUGCAAAUUGUGUCAGGUGUAUUCUAUAUAAGUACAUAUGAGGGUAUACGACACCUACUAAAUGAAAUAGGUGCGGGUCAUCGUACAAAAGCCCUAGUUGCGGGUGGUUGUGCUUCACUCGUUGGCCAAACUAUUGUGGUACCAUUUGAUGUAAUAUCACAACAUGCUAUGGUAUUGGGUAUGGCAGCGCAUGCAGGUCCUAGAGCUGACCUCAACCCGCUAGGAAUAAAAACCGGUCCUGGUCGCAGUCGAUUUGCUUUGUCAAUGGAUAUAUCACGUGAAAUAUUGAAACGUGAUGGUUUUCGCGGUUUCUAUCGUGGCUAUACAGCAAGUUUAAUGGCAUAUGUACCCAAUUCUGCAAUGUGGUGGGCUUUUUAUCACUUGUAUCAAGAUGAACUGUGUCGAAUAUGCCCCCCUUGGGUGUCACAUCUCUUCAUACAAUGCGUUGCAGGUAGUUUAGGUGGAUUUACUACUACCAUAAUCACAAAUCCGCUUGACAUUGUCAGAGCCCGCCUUCAAGUGCAAAGACUGGAAUCAAUGCGUGUUGCAUUUCAAGAGUUAUGGCGAGAAGAGCAUCUACACUGUUUCUUUAAAGGUUUGUCCGCACGACUGGUACAGUCUGCGGCAUUUUCAUUUAGCAUAAUUUUAGGCUACGAGACAAUAAAACGAAUAGCAGUUGAAGAGCAAUACAAACAUCAAAUACGUUGGUAAAUUCGUAGUAAUAGUAAAUCUAUAAAUAUGCACAAUUAUGUGACCACCAAGUGUUAACUGUAUACAAACUCAUUCGCCAGAAUCACUUCUCGAUCAAUUAAAUACCGUACAUAAGCAUGCCAAAGAAAUCAA